CGCACAUAGGCUGACGCCUUCAGACAGGAAUCGGACGAUGGGCUGAGAGUCCAGGUGUGUCUCUGCUGAGAGGGAAUCCACGCCGGGUCGGAUCCUUUCCCCUGGUCCCGUUGUCGUCCACAGCCGCUGCUAACCUCCGGUCAGACAUGCAGAGAGUUACGGUCGUAACCGGCGCGAACAGUGGCAUCGGCCUGGCGUUGUGCGAGAGGCUGCUGACUGAGGACAGCCAGCUCCGUCUGUGUCUGGCCUGCAGAAACGCGCAGCGGGCCGAGGCUGCCCGCUCCGCCCUGCUGACUUCUCACCCCAACGCAAAGGUGGACCUGCUGCACCUCGAUGUGGGCUCUGUGCAGUCAGUGCUCUCGGCUGCUCAGGAGGUCAAAGCCAGGUACAGCAGAAUUGACUUUCUGUAUCUAAAUGCAGGAAUUAUGCCCAAUCCACAAGUGGAUGUCAGAGCUUUUUUCAAAGGUCUGUUUUCCAAGAAUGUCAUCAACAUGUUUGCAACAGCAGAGGGUCUCUUAACUCAACAGGACCGUCUCAACUCAGAUGGACUGCAGGAAGUUUUUGCCACCAACCUCUUUGGUCAUUUUCUUCUGAUCAGGGAACUGGAGCCUCUGCUGUGUCAGGCAGGCCACACAUCCAGGGUAGUGUGGACCUCCUCGAGUAAUGCCCGCCGCUCUGCCUUCAGCAUCGAGGACAUGCAGCACAGAAAUGGGACGGAGCCCUACAGCUCCUCUAAAUAUGCUUCAGACAUGCUCAGCCUGGCACUCAACAGACACAAGAAUGACCAGGGGCUGUUCUCCUCUGUGAUAUGUCCAGGGCUGGUGAUGACUAAUCUGACCUAUGGUAUCCUGCCCUCAUUCUUCUGGACUCUCAUCAUGCCCAUCAUGUGGUUGAUUAGGAUCUUCACUAACACAUUCACACUUAUACCGUACAACGGAGCAGAGGCACUGCACUGGCUGUUUCUUCAGAAGCCAGAGUCCCUGGAUCCAAGAGCAAAGUAUCACAGUUUAACAUCAGGACUUGGAACAAACUAUACUCAACCUCGACAAAUGGACAUCGAUGAGGAAAUGUCUGAGGUCCUCUAUUCAGAACUUCUUGAACUCGAGAAAGUAGUCAGAAGGAAGCUGAGUGAGAGAAAUGCUGGUAACAAAGCUCAUCAACAGUACCUCAGUGAGAUAGAGUGAGUCCUUUGUAAUGGAAAGGAUGUCUUUUUAUAUGUCAAUGCAACAACCAUACUUUUUCUACCUCAGUCAAGGUCACAACUUUGAUAUGUGAUCAUAUUGGCUACAUGAGUAAAGCUACUUCUGAGAUGAAACUAGGAUUCCCUGCACUUGGUAACCCUAAUCAUAUUGAAAUUAGCAACAUAUGACAGUGAAACACUACAUGGGCUAUUUUUGCGCAAGUAUUUGUAUUCAUUUGCAGUAUGUUUUAAAUAAAAGGAACAUUUAUUGUGAAAAUGUAACUUCCCAUAUCAAUCUUGACACGAAUCAUUCACACAACUCCAGAAUUAAUCUACUAAAAAUACAUCUAACAAGAAA